CACGUCUGAAUGUUUUUAUUACAAAAGAAAAUAACAGGCUAUUUUUAAUUUCCAUUGAAAAUUAAUUAAAUUAAAAAAUUUUAAGUAAGAAAUGAGUUUACACAGCAACAGAAACUAGUGGAUGGAUAUAAAUAACUUCCUCACAGUGGAAGGCAGCCAUAGUAAAAAUAAAAAUCAAUUUCAUGAGCUAAAAGGCCAAGUGAUCUGAAAGUAAAAGAAGGAGGUGUGACUUAGAGAGCAUUGUAAGAGUCUUUCCUUCAAGAGAGUUUUGACUAGUCACUAAUGGCUUUAUAUAUCCUGCUAAAGAGAUUCUUGUCAACCAGCCCCAAUUUCCUCCUGACCUGAAGAGUCUGUAUUGGGCGUUCCACUGUGUGACUUGUUAACUAGCUUAGGCAGGAACCCUAAGAGUUCUGAGACAUCUUGGUUGCACAGGCAUAAUUCUUUUUCAUAUUAAAAGUAUCUAGGUGGACAGACUUUUCCAGGUGCUCGAACUGCGGUGGGUCGGCGAGAGUGAGAUGGAGGUGGGCGCGGAAGCUGUAGUUGGAGAGGACGGUCUCCGGGAGCGGCGAGGCUUGAGCGAGGCUGGGAGGCAGGAGCAGAACCGAGAUAUGCAGCCUCAGUCCGGGUCAAACAUGAUUCCAAAACACUCCUACUGGUUAGAUGUCUGGCUCUUCAUCCUCUUCGACCUGGUGGUGUUUUUCUUCGUGUAUUUUAUGCCCUGACUGGUUUGCCUGAUAUCUAAAUUAAGAAGUUGGCUUCUGGAGUGGCUUCUGAAAAUGACUACAAACUUCUUGAAUAAAGAAGACAGGCAAGAUUGUGCAGCAGUAGAAUUUCAGACUCCUAAGGGACUUUCUUUUCAUUUUACACAUUCUGUUAUCAUUUCGGGACUGUAUUAAAUGGGGAGUGAUCUCACUCAUUUAUAACUAAAUUCUUAAAACUAGACCUUUUUGUUCAUGUUUAAAAACUUUUCAAACAUCUGAUGGCUUUACAGGGGCUAAAUGUAAAAGUAUUUGUACUUAAGGGUUUAGUGUAUUCAUCAGUAAAUAUAGUCAUUCUUUUAAUAUUUAAUAUUUUAAGAAUUGGUCAAGGUUUAAUAGGCUGCAAAUAAUAUGGUAAAAUAAAAAUAUGGUGAAGUAUUUAUAAAUUCAAAAGUAAAUACUCAAAAGCAAGGAAAGGAGUUUGAGAGAAGGAACAAAGUGUUCUUAAAAUGCAUUAGGAGAUUACAAAUAACAAAAAGCUUUACAGAAAAUGCUGGCCCACAAUGUAUUGGCUAUAAGUGCCAGUUUAAUUUUUAGAUUUAAGGAGGACUGGGUUAUAAAAAGAUGUGUUACGGUUGAUGGAUACAAACUUAUAGAAAGUAGAUAAUACCCAGUAUUGGAAAGCUAGCUUGUGUGUUCUUUUACCUGGAGGCCUCUUCUUUCUUCUUUUCAAACCAUUAAGUUUCCUAAAAUAAGAAUGUGUUUCAGAACUAUUUUUUCUUAUUGUGGUUAUUUUAAAGAUGCUUGUGACCAAAGCCUGAUUUUUAUGUCUGUAACUUACUUAAAUACUUCAGCAGGUGCAGUGUGAUAUUUCCCCAUUCAGUAGAUAUUUGAGCGCUUACUAUGUAUGGGCCAGGGAGUGUUUUAGGGACAACAGUGAACAAAACAUAAAAAUCCUUGCUUUCAUGGAGUUUCCAUUUUAGAGGUUUUUUUUUGUUAAAAAUCUAAUUUAUCUAAGUACAUGUUAGUUAAUGAGAAUUUA